UCUCUAUUGACGUAUUUUCGAAUUUUCGAUUCAAUUUCAAAAUUCAAAUUUAAAAUUCAAAAAUUGCAAGGUGAUUUUAUUUUGGUAUUUAAUAAAUAAUUGAAAUCCUCAAAUUUUAUUCUAAAUCUUGAAUAUUUUUGAUAUGUUUUACUUAAUAGGCCUAGGUUUAGGCGAUGCUAAAGACAUUACUGUAAAAGGUUUAGAGAUUGUAAAAAAAUGUGAUAAAGUGUUAUUAGAAGGUUAUACUUCUAUUCUUACUGUUGGAAAAGAUGCGUUGGAAGACUUUUACGGCAGGCCAUUGAUAGUAGCAGAUAGAGAGCUAUGUGAAAGUAAUAUAGAUGAUUUCUUAAAGGAAGCGAAAACCAACGAUAUUGCUCUAUUAGUAGUGGGAGAUCCAUUGGGAGCGACAACACACACUGAUAUGUUACUCCGUGCUAAAGAGUAUGGAGUUGAAACACAAAUUGUCCAUAAUGCAUCAAUAAUGAAUGCUGUUAGUUGCUGUGGCUUGCAGCUGUACAACUUUGGUGAAACUGUUUCCAUUCCAUAUUGGACUGAAACUUGGAAACCAGAUAGUUUCUUUGAAAAAAUUGUUGGAAAUCACUCUAGAAACUUGCAUACUCUUUGCCUUUUAGAUAUAAAGGUGAAGGAACCAACAGAAGAGUCAUUAACAAAGAAAGUGCGGCAGUAUAUGGAGCCCAAAUUUAUGUCAGUCAAAGAAGCAGCAAAGCAACUGGUUCAAAUAGUCGAAAACCAGACUGAUACUGGUAUCAGCAAAAGCAGUCUGGCCAUCGGUUUAUCGAGGGUGGGAGCUCCAGAUCAAAAGAUUGCAGCAAUGUCAUUGGGAGAUAUGCAGAACCAUGAACUUGGAGCACCUCUACACAGCCUCGUGAUCCCUGCACCAGAAUUACAUCCACUAGAAAUUGAUUAUCUUGCUCAGUUUAGAUAGCAUUGAAAUAAAAAAUAAUUUUUAUUUGCAUAUUUUAUUUGGCUACAAAUGCCAGAAUUAUUCACGACAAAAUAAAUUGUUGAAUAAGAUAUUUAUAAGUUUUUAAAUAAACAUUAUUAUGAUCUAAUUUAA